GGGAAACAUAUAGGGAUGGUGACUAAAAAAACCAACUAACCAAAGUUCCUCCACACAACAACCCAAUCCAUAACAAACUGGAGGCAGACUCGACUCACUGAGCAACUCGGUUGCCGCGACUCACUCACGGAUGCAACUCAGCAGCUGCAACCUCCUCUUCAUUCCGGCGAAGAACCCCCCACGGUUUUCAUUCAAACCCUGCUUCUGCUUCAACCAUAACUCGGCCGAGUCAAACUCACUCCAAGCCGAGACCCUCAAGACACUGGAAUGGAGCUCCAUAUGCAAGCACCUCUCUGCAUUCACCUCCACCUCCAUGGGCUCCUCCGCCGCCAACGCCGCCCGUUUGCCCAUCGGACGGACCCCUCAGGAGAGCCAGAAGCUUCUCGACCAGACUUCCGCCGCCAGACUCGUCACUCAUCCGCCUGACUUCACCGGAAUCCAUGACUUGACGGAGAUUCUCACUGUUGCUGUCUCCGGUCAGCUGCUAACCAUCCCGGAGCUUUGCACCGUUCGCCGCACGCUUACUGCCGCCAGAGAAUUGUUCCACAAUUUGAAACACUUGGCUUCUGCUUCUAGUAAUCCACAAAGGUACAUACCCCUUCUUGAAAUACUGCGUAAUUGUAAUUUUCAACUGGACUUGGAGCGUAAAAUAGGAUUUUGCGUAGAUUGCAAGCUUUCAGUAAUUCUUGAUAGAGCAAGUGAAGACCUGGAGAUCAUUAGAUCAGAAAGAAGGAGGAACCUAGAAAAUUUGGAUUCUUUAUUGAAGGAAGCAUCAUCUCAAAUCUUCCGGGCUGGGGGCAUUGACAGACCAUUAAUAACUAAGCGUCGAUCUAGAAUGUGUGUCGGUGUUAGGGCUUCCCAUAGAUACUUGCUUCCAAAUGGGGUUGUUCUGAAUGUUAGCAGUUCUGGAGCAACAUACUUUAUGGAACCCAAAGACGCAAUAGAUCUGAACAACAUGGAAGUUAGGCUUUCGAACUCCGAGAAGGCUGAGGAAAGAGCUAUCUUGAGUAUGCUUGCAUCUGAAAUAGCAAAUUCAGAAUCAGAGAUAAACUAUUUAUUGGAUAGAAUUCUUGAGGUUGAUCUCGCUUUUGCAAGAGCUGCCUAUGCUGGAUGGAUGAAUGGGGUGUGUCCAAUUUUUAGUUUAGGUAAUUUUGAAGGCUGUGAUUCAGUUGAAGAGGAUGAUGAUUUAACAGUAAAUAUUGAUGGUGUACGACAUCCAUUACUUCUGGAGUCCUCCCUAGAAAAAAAUUCAGAUAAUCUUACAAGAUCUGGAAAUGUUGCGAAGUUGGGGAAUGGAAACGGAGCAGUGGCUUCUACAAAUAGACCACAAGGCUUAUCAGACUUCCCUGUGCCAGUUGACUUUAAAAUUAGACAUGGAACUAGAGUGGUGGUGAUCUCAGGACCUAAUACUGGAGGGAAAACUGCUUCCAUGAAAACAUUGGGCCUGGUGUCACUUAUGUCAAAGGCUGGAAUGCACCUGCCUGCCAAGAACAGUCCAAAACUUCCUUGGUUUGACCUUAUCCUUGCAGAUAUUGGAGAUCAUCAGUCCCUUGAACAAAACCUCUCAACUUUUAGUGGGCACAUCUCACGUAUUUGUAAGUUUUUGGAAGUGGCCUCAAAACAAUCACUUGUUCUCAUUGAUGAAAUCGGCAGUGGAACUGAUCCAUCAGAAGGUGUAGCUCUUUCUACCAGUAUCUUACAAUAUUUAAAGGAUCAUGUUAACUUGGCUGUUGUGACCACUCAUUAUGCUGAUCUAAGUAAUUUGAAGGAAAAGGAUACCAGUUUUGACAAUGCAGCAAUGGAGUUUUCACUUGAAACAUUAGAACCAACUUAUAGGAUCCUUUGGGGAUGUACUGGUGAUUCAAAUGCCUUAAGCAUAGCACAAUCUAUUGGCUUCGAUAGAAAUGUAAUUAAUCAUGCCCAAAAAUGGGUAGAGAAGUUAAAACCAGAACAGCAGCAAGAGCGAAGAGGAAUACUGUAUCAGUCAUUGCAGGAGGAAAGAAACCGAUUAAAGGCCCAGGCUGAAAAGGCUGCAUACAUUCAUAAAGAAAUCAUGGACGUAUACCGUGAGAUCCAAGGGGAGGCAGAAGACCUUGAUAGACGAGAGAUGGAACUUAUGGCAAAGGAAACUCAGCAGGUCCAACAAGAGCUAGAGGAUGCAAAAUCUCAGAUGGAAACAACGAUACAGAAAUUUGAAAAGGAACUCAGAGUCUCUGGGCGUGAUAAACUCAAUUCACUUAUUAGAGAAUCUGAAUCUGUGAUUGCCUCCAUUGUAAAAUCCCAUACUCCUCCUGAUAGUUUUCCUGUCAGUGAAGCUGAUCACGGUUCAUAUGCUCCACAAUUUGGCGACCAAGUUCGUGUAAAGGGAUUGGGAGGGAAAUUAGCCACAGUGGUUGAGUUGCCUGGGGAUGAUGAGGCAAUCCUGGUACAGUAUGGUAAAGUGAAAGUCCGUGUGAAAAAAAGUAGCAUCAUAGCUAUUCCAUCCAGUGCAAAGAAUGCUGUAACUAGUUCUUCCACAAAUCAGGGGAGGCAGAGUCUGCAGAAAGCACAACACAGGGGUAAUUUAGAUGUCAACAGCAAUGAUGAUCUUCCAUAUGGUCCAGUGGUGCGAACAUCUAAGAAUACUGUGGAUCUUCGCGGUAUGCGAGUGGAAGAAGCUUCUAUCCACCUUGAGAUGGCAAUUAAUGCAAGUCGACCAUAUUCGGUUCUCUUUGUGAUACAUGGGAUGGGCACUGGCGCUAUUAAGGAACGUGCGCUUGAGAUCUUACAGAGUCAUGCACGUGUUUCUAAUUAUGAGCCUGAAAAUCCAAUGAAUUAUGGUUGUACCAUUGCCUAUGUCAAGUGAACCCUCGUUGCCCUGGUGCCAUAAGCCAUGCCAGGUUAACCCACUUUUGUUAAGGAAAGCCCUGCUCCUUUCUUACCUGAUCAACCAAAUGACUAAUUUGAUUUGUACACAAACAAAUAUAAUCAAAUGAGAGAUUAUAGCAGUUUUAAUUUAUUGAUAUCUACACCAGCGUUCUUUGUUUUUUUGAUAUCAUCUUCUGAAGCAUUCUUUACCGCUUUUCCUCUAACAGAGUGAAUUUUUAAUUUGUUCUAUCUAUAUGAUGGCUCUAGAAAUGGUAGCACCCUGACAAUAAAGUAUGAUGUGCAGUGGAAAGUUCGAAAGUUCGGCUGAUAGAAAGUUCAUGAAGAUACUCCCUUACGGUUAUUGUGAGAAAGAUAAGAAAGAUUUUAGCAAGCAAGGGAUUCAUAAACCUCAGACCCCAGAAGAAAUUGUAUAGAAGUCCAAAAUCCUUUUGGCCGAGUUCUAUGGUAAUUCUGGAAUAUUGGCAGGGAAGGAGGAAAGGGGAGAAAAGAGACUCCUAAAUUCUGUAAUUCCUACAGUUCACCAAACCUCCAAGUGAAAUUUAAUGGCUUUGUCCCACAAAGAAGACAGUCCAUUAUGCUAAAGCAGUGUCUUAGUGUUUAUUAUUGUUUGUCAUUUCUCAUGUAUAUGUUCUAAAUUUUAAAAGCACAGACUGUGAAAUCACUGUCUUGAGAAUAUUGCAAUGUUUAAACAUGGAAUUUUUAGUUA